AUGAGGAGGCACAAUUCCAUCAAGGACCACAAAUGGCGUGAACUGUACAUCCGACAAAUGCGGGCGGGCGGCGACCCUUCCACCAGCGACGACCGGUGGCCCGUCAAGCAGAUGCCCAAGGAAAAGGACACGGCCAGGGAUAGGGAUAGGGAUAGGGACCUGCCAGGUGUCGGCGGGGCCAGGUGGCGCGAUCUCUACCUCCGUCAGCUGCGUUCGGGGGGCGGCGAGAGCAGCUAUGACCGUGAAAGGGCUGUGUUCGUGUCCAUGUCCCAUGAGCUGAAGGAGGAGGGCAACCGCCUCUUCCAGCGGCGUGACUACGAGGUGGCGUUGAUCAAGUACGAGAAGGCCAUCAAACUGCUCCCCGACGCCCACCCGGACAUAGCCUACCUGAGGAGCAACAUGGCCGAGUGCUACAUCCAGCUGGGAAUAUCCGAGUACCCACACGCCAUCCACGAAUGCACCCUUGCCCUCGACGUCACCCCCAAGUAUAGCAAGGCCCUCCUCAAGCGGGCCCGCUGCUACGAGGCCCUCGACAUGCUCGACCUUGCCCUUUCGGACGUGCGUGCAGUACUCAAGAUCGAGCCCAAGAAUCUCAUGGCUCACGAGAUCGAGGCUCGCCUGAGGAGAAUGUUCGAUUCGGUUCCCCUGCCCGAAGAAGGCAGCAGCCCCGAAAACGCGAACAAGUCGAAAUUCGAUGCCGAGGACAAGCUGGUGGUUGAGGAAAAGAAAGUUGCCACCACGUGUAAAGAGGAUGAUAUUCCGAAGAGGACCGUAAAGCUAGUUUUCCGGGAAGAGAUAAGGUGGGCCCAGAUCCCUCUCAGCUGUGACAUCCUGAAGCUGAGGAAAGUGAUCUCGGACCGUUUUCCCAGCUCAAAAUCGGUGGUUGUCAAGUUCAAGGAUGAGGAUGGCGACCUCGUCACGAUCACGACCUCCGAGGAGCUACGGUGGGCCCAGGACUCGUCCACCUCCAUGAAGCUCUAUGUGGUGGAGGUCGACCCGUCACAGGACCCGUUCUACGACAGGGACAGGGACAUGCCAACCGAAGCAAACCUGAAAAGAAAAGAAGUCGUCACCUGCAUUAGCGACUGGAUCGUGGAGUUCGCCAAGUUGUUCAACAACUAUGUGGGGUUUGACAUAGAUGCCUACAUAGACUUACACGAGGUCGGGAUGAAGAUCUACUCAGAGGCCAUGGAGGAGACCGUCACAAGCGAGGAGGCCCAGGACCUGUUUGGUCUCGCAGAAGACAAGUUUCAGGAACUUGCUGCUCUCGCCCUCUUUAACUGGGGAAAUGUUCACAUGUCCAAGGCAAGGAGGAGGGUCUAUUUCAAAGAGGAGGAAUCUGUGCUCGAGCGGGUAAAGAAAGCUUACGAGUGGGCGCAAAAGCAGUUUGUGCUGGCAGGGGAGAGAUAUGAGGAGGCCCUGAAGAUCAAGCCUGAGUUUUACGAGGCCGUCCUAGCCCUCGGCCAGCACCAGUUUGAGCUGGCCAAGCUUUCUUGGUACUAUGCUGUGGGGACAGGGGUAGAUCUGGAAAUGUGGCCUUCAGGGGAGGUGCUCAUGCUGUACAACAAUGCGGAGGAGAACAUGGAGAGGGGGAUGCGGAUGUGGGACGAGCUUGAGAAGCGGCGUCUGGACGAUUGGUACUCGCAGAACAAUAUUGAGGUCCUGCUGCAGAAGAUGAAGAUGGAUAGCUUGUUCAAGCAGAUCUCGGUGGACGAAGUUGAGGAGCAGGCUUCGAAUAUCAGGUCACAGAUAUACGUGCUGUGGGGGACCAUGCUGUACGAGAGGUCCGUGAUGGAGUUCAAGUUGGGGCUGCCAGUCUGGCACGAGUGCCUCGAGGUGGCCAUUGAGAAGUUUGAGCUUGCGGGUGCCUCCCCCACUGACAUUGCCGUCAUGAUCAAGAAUCACUGCUCGAACGAGACGGGAUUGGAAGGUUUAGGAUUCAAUAUUGACGAGAUAGUGCAGGCUUGGAACGAGAUGUACGAAGCUAAGAAAUGGCAGAGGAAUAUAUCGUCCUUUCGGCUGGAGCCGCUGCUAAGGAGAAGAGUUUCAAAGCUUUAUUAUGCACUCGAAGGCGCAUAA